ACACCCCUACAAUCUCCAUAGACAAACACCGGCAGUAGAAUGGCCUUACUAAAGAGCUCAUUGACUUUCAGUGUGGCACCGUCAUUGGAUGCCACCUUUCCAACAAGUCAGUUCAUCAAAUUUCUGCCCCGCUAGAGCUGCCCCGGUCAACUGUAAGUGAUGUUAUUGUGAAGUGGAAACGUCUAGGAGCAACAACAGCUCAGCCACAAAGUGGUAGGCCACAUAAGCUCACAGAACGGUACCGCUGAGUGCUGAAGCGCUUAAAAAAACGUCUGCCCUCUGUUGCAACACUCACUACCGAGUUCCAAACUGCCUCUGGAAGCAACGUCAGCACAAGAACUGUUCGUCGGGAGCUUCAUGAAAUGGGUUUCCAUGGCCAAGCAGACACACAAGCCUAAGAUCACCAUGCUCAAUGCCAAGCCUUGGCUGGAGUGGUGUAAAACUCGCUGCUAUUGGACUCUGGAGCAGUGGAAUCGUGUUCUCUGGAGUGAUGAAUCACUUCACGAUCUUGCAGUCCUACGGACAAAUCUGGGUUUGGCAGAUGCAAGGAGAGCGCUACCGGCACGAAUGCAUAGUGCCAACUGUAAAGUUUGGUGGUGGAGGAAUAAUGGUCUGGGGCUGUUUCGGGCUAGGCCCCUUAGUUCCACUGAAGGGAAAUUUUAACGCUACAGCAUACAAUAACAUUUUAGACGAUUCUGUGCUUCCAACUUUGUGGCAACAGUUUGGGGAAGGCCUUUCCUGUUUCAGCAUUUGUAUUUAUUAUGGAUUCCCAUUAGCUGCUGCAAAGGCAGCAGUGACUUUUUUCCUGGGGUCCGGCAAAAUGAAGGCAGUUAUACAAUUUUAAAAACAUUACAAUACAUUCAUUACAGAAUUCACAACACACUGUGUGCCCUCAGGCCCGUACUCCACUACCACAUAUAUACAACACAAAAUCCAUGUGUACUUGUGUUUUAUAGAGCGUAUGUUAUCAUGUGUUUGUAUGCCUGUGUCUGUGCCUAUGUUUGUGUUCCUUCAGUCACAUUUCAGUCCCCAGCAUGACAAUCAGUGCCCGACCUCACUAAUGCUCUUGUGACUGAAUGGAAGCAAGUCCCUGCAGCAAUGUUCCAACAUCUAGUGGAAAGCCUUCACAGAAGAGUGGAGUAUGGUUAUAGCAGCAAAGGGCGGACCAAUUCCAUAUUCAUACCCAUGAAUUUGGAAUGAGAUGUUCGACGAGCAGGUGUCCAUAUACUUUUGACCUUUAUAGUGUCUCUUGAAGUCCAAAAAUAGUAUAAAAAAUGGAAGUUGUCAAGGGCAGCAAUGACUCAUACAGGAGUUAAAAUAUCAGACAUACAGUAUGUUGAAACUAUAGCAGCCAGACCUUUUAAUUUCUUCUCAGACCUCACAAUGUAAAGCAGCAGUGUAAAGUUAAAGUAUUUUUACUUACACUACUUUUAAGUACUACUUAAGUAUUUUUUUCUGUACUUUACUAUUUAUAUUUUUGACAAAUUUUUCUUCACUACAUUCCUAAAGAAAUUGAUGUACAUUUUCCUCCAUACAUUUUCCCUGACACCCAACAGUACACGUUUACAUUUUGAGUGCUUAGCAGGACAGGAAAAGGGUCCAAUUCACGCUCUUUAUCAAGAGAACAUCCCUGGUCAUUUCUACUGUCUAUGAUCUGGCGGACUCACUAAACACACAUGGUCAAUUUAUAAAUUAUGUCUGGAGUGUGCCCCUGGCUGUCCGUAAAUGUAAAAAAUGGUGCUGUCUGUAUGGCUUAAUAUAAGGAAUUUGAAAUCAUUUUUACUUUUGAUACUUAAGUAUAUUUAAAACCAAUACUUUUAGACUUUUACUCAAGUAAUAUUUCACUGGGUGUAGUUCACUUUUACUUAAGUCACUUUUGAUUACGGUAUCUUUACUUUUACUCAAGUAUGACAAUUGGGUACUUUUUCCACCUCUGAUGUCAAGUGACCACUAUGAAGAAUAUGGACUCGAUUCUUGCUGAGUUUCAGGAAGAGGGUGUCUUUUGGAGGAUGCUCUUUAUCAUCUGCUCAUUUGAGUCUUUAAGUGUGAAGGUGACUUUAAGCUGGCCUGGAUCCCACUUGUUAAUGAAGAAAGGGUCUGCUGUGUCCUUCGAACUGUCCUCUUUACUUGUGUCCUCUAUUUUCCUGGCACUCGCACACCCUGCGUGCUUAUGGGAGUCAUUUGACACCACACUCUUGAAGAAAGUCUCUUUUACUGGGUGACUUGUAGGUAGUGAGCUAUACCUCUUACCCCCACCCAGCUGGCCCCACUCCCCCUGCAGACACAGGCCCUCUAGCUGAAGCUGCAGGGCGUCUGGGGACCAGCUAGGGACCUCCAGGCAGUAACCUGAUGUAGCAGUCUCUAGGUGUUCGUCAUCCAUGUGACCUCCAAACGUUCCUGAUGUGUGGGCAGAUCUAUAGGAGGGAAACAAUGAUAUCAUGUUUGAGGGAAAGUGAAUAUUACCAGUUAGCUAAUCCUGCGAGCCAAACAAACUGUGACAGAGUUGUCAAGGAAAUGUCAGUGCUUGCCUUCGCCUGUUUCGACUUCUCCUCUGUGGCUCCUCAAGCAUCACCUCAUAGAAGCGCCUGAACACAGGAGCCGUGUUGUCACCCUGGUGGUAUUUCUCUUGCACAUUCUUCAUAGGGUCUAAGGAGGGAAUGUGAUUUAUCAUCACAUAACAAAAGGUGAAACAGUCUUGAACAACUAAGUGUUUUAUCAAUGGUUACAGUAGAAAGAAUGCUCAGUUUUAAAUGAAAGAACAGGAACAAUGUGACUUUACCUGGAGUUAUGCCAGUACACUGGAAUAUACUUGGUCUCUGUGGGCCAACAGGUUUCAAAGGCUUCAAACCACCAUUCCUCACAUGGACUGAUUUCCUGUACUGCAUAAGAUCAAUGCUCUUUAGGCUGGUAUCAGCUCUGAGCUGACUCUGGCUGUCCUGCAGUGUGUCGGUCUUAAAAUCAUGUAAGUGUUGGGUCCUAGCAGUGGUUACCCGUGAGACAUUGGCACUCUGAAGGAAGAGACACAUCAUUGAUGUUAUCUUUCCUCUUACCCCUCAAUACUCAUGAAAGAGUUUGUGUUAGCAAGAGUCAACUCACCUGUGAUGCUGCGCUUGGUAUUCUAAAGGGCUUGGACAUUCGGGAAUUCCUGAUCCUCAGUGGCGGCUUUGGGCCGGGGCAAGACGGUGCUGAAGUUCCAUCAAAAAUAGGCCUAGCACCCCCAAGAAAGAAAUGAAUAAUGUUUUAAUUUCAAUAUAUAUAAUGAGUCUACAUUUUUCUGUCUCUCAAAAUCCUGUUCUCACAAACGAGCUCUGACUGCUCAGGGUCCAGCCUACAUAACACAUUGGCUCUGACAGAAUCUCUUGAAUUUGAGUGGUUGAAAAAUCCGGCUGAUUUGAUAUGUCUUUGAACUAUGUAAAAUUUGCUUGUAUCUAUCCCCUGAUCCAGAGUCAGAUAUUUUAAAUCGCUAGCUAAAUCCGUUUAAAUCAGGAUGUGUGUGUAUCUGACCAUUGAUCUGUUUUACGACCCGAUUCCUAUUGUUUCAAAAUUGUUGCACUUGACUUUUUGCAAAGUUGUAAAUAUUAGCUAGUAGCUAAAGAUUUGCAGAUAGUUAUGUUGUUUCCUAUAGCUACUAGCUGUAAAAUAUUGAACCCAAGCUAAUUGGUAAUGGAGGGCUGUUUGGGAGUUAACCGUUGGUUUCUUGCAAACCCUGACAUGAUUUUCAAUGACACGUUGAGUACAUAUGUAGAGUCGAAGAUAUUUGGUGAUCGAGGUCGACAUCGUUCUCCCUCACCUCAUGGACGUGACCGCGUGUGUGCAUGUAAUCCACCCCUAUGCAGUGAACAAGCUACCCCAUAGCUACCCCAGUGGAAAAAAUCCUGCCACCACCACUGCUGAUCCUGUUGAUGUCCCAUUCAGACAGCUCACUUUGACUCCACUUGUCCACAUUGACUGUCCCCGACCUGUUACAAUGGAACACUAAGAACUCAUCGUAAAGAACCCUAAACUCAUCGGAAAGAACCGACAUCACACAUCUCCAUGUAACUGUGUUACAACUGGAAAGGUGAUAGUAACUGGAAUUGAUACUAUCUCGCACUACGUCAUGUGUCUGGCCAGACUUGCAUAGGCCUUCUCAAAUGUACAUCUAUAGCAUUACUAUCUUUUCAUCUGAUGUGAUUAAUGUUAGUCUCUAAUAGAAUGUACUAUGUUGCUAGCCUACCGUGGAUCAAUGGAAAGCAUUGAUGUGUUCUCAUGCUUUGAGGAUGACUUGAAGCAUGCUGACCUGCUUCUGAUAGUAUAUCUUAUCUGCAUAACAAAAUAAUAUCAGAGGAAGAGACAUGGCUGUAGUUUUGAAACGGUUAAAUGUCAGAUGAUUUGCAAAUUAGUGCCUCUGGCAUCAUGAUCCCCCUACCUGUUUUCUUCUCACUUGAUUUGGAGCCUGUCUCGCUGUGUUGUUGUGUCUGGCUACUUCUGACCUGGGCUGUAGCAGUGCUUUACCAAUGCAUUGCACAAAAUCCAGGGGCGUUCCAGAGCUUUUUUCUGGUGCCACUGGAGUGGUUUGUUUGAGUUUCCACAAACUGGACAUUUUUAGCUGUCAAACAUUGAAUGUGAGAAAAAUUACAAAUGUGUCUUUAUAGUGGGUAGGCUACAUGAUUAUACAGAAUGAACAAACUUAGUCUUUUUAUUGUCUCAAAUCUUAAUAAUAUGAUCAUUAUUGCUGCAUUCUUGUGAAUUCUUUGUCUAAUUACCAUAGCGACACCUAUUCAUUUAAAGUUCCUUGGUAUUGCUAUGGUAAUUGGACAAAGUAAAGAAUUUGGAAUUCACAAUGUAGAAAUACUGAUUCUAUUCUUAGCAUUUCAAGACAUUAGACUCAAAAUAGAAUACAACAAAUCUAAAUGAUUGGACUUAUAGGAAAGACAUAAAAUAAAGAUAAAGUUAGAAUAAUUUUUUUACAUUUAUUUAAUAAAUAAAUGUUAACUGUUUGUUUAUUUAAAUCCAUUACUCAAGAACUGUUCCAAGUUUUACACAAUGACAACUGCCAUUUGAAAAUCUUCUUGAAAAUGAAAGUUUGUAUGUCCUUGUUUGAAAUGCUACAGUAAGAUUUCAAGCAUGUACUGUACACAUUCGGUGAAGUGGUUUCACAUCCUGGCUAUAAUAAAGUUGGGGGUUUUGACUCUUGUAACCACACAGGAAGAAUAAUUUGAUCUUGCCCAUAUUUGUGCUUCAACACGUGGUUAUGAGAAUGACCAAUUCUGCUUCUGCCUGUAUAUAUUACAUACCAUGGUUGUGUGCGACUACAGCAGACCAUAUCCUCAUAUAGAAGUCAGGGGAAGUUAUAACUAGUUUGUCAUUCAGGUCUUGUCCAACUGAUGGACUGCAAGCACGAGCUUAAGUAAGUAGACUACUCAAAAGUGGAUGUUAUGACCUUUCAUCAUGAGCACAAGCUUCUCCAUAAUGCAGUAUUUUCCUUUAAAAGUGUCAUUGUGUAUAGAUAUUUUAACCUGCAACUAAUUGGAUUCUGAUAAACUUUUCACAGUUGUGUUCAGUUACACUUCCCUCGUGUUUUUUUGGGCAGUGAGGCUAAAAUGUGGAAUCCAAAAUGCUGGAGUAUGGAGCCAAAUGUAAACUCUUUUUUUAAAUAUGGAGGGGAGUGUAUGUAAGCUUGAAGUUGCUUUAAAUCAUAUAAUCAUAUAUUGAUUGAAUGUUCAUUUUAAAAUAUGGUUAAACUUUAAAUCAGAGUACUAUUUGUUAGAAUUUAAAGCUAUUUUGUGACAGAUGUGAUGUCCUUGCGAUAGUUGACUUGGGGUGAGAUCUGUUUUCACUUAAUUUCUAAGUUUUACAUCCUGUUUUAAUGUGUUUUCAGUUCUACGGUCUGACUACACUGAACACCACCUUAUAAGAAUGAACAAGGAUGUAACACACAAUGUCUGCAUAAUUUCUUUAACAAAAUAUGUACCAUUUCACAGUUUCUUUGUGGUCUGACUAGUAAUCUAUUCCAAUUUGCUCUGUUUUUUCUUAAGGUGAAUGUUAAUAGCCUGCAUACCCCAUACAUCCCAUCCUAAAAUGAACAGCACAGUGUCUCCGUCCGUGUUGCCUCUGGACAACAGAAGUCUCUCUGAGUCCUGUACAGUGGAACCCCAACAUGUGUCCAUCACUGUUUUCCUCCUCCUGGUUGUCCUGGUUGGUUUCUUCCUCAACAGUUUCAGUCUGUGGGUCUUCUGCUGCCGUAUACCACAGUGGAGCUCUGGUACUGUCCUGCAGUUUCAUUUGGCUGUCAGUGACGCUGUUAUCACACCAGUUGCACCAUUAAUGGCAACAUACUUUCUUAUGGGUAGCCACUGGCCGUUUGGAGCUUUUCUGUGCAAGCUGAAGAUUGCCUUGCUGAGCAUUCACUUCUAUGGCAGUAUCAUGUUCCUAACACUCAUCAGCAUUCAUCGAUACGUGGCAGUUGUCCAGUUUAAAAGGGGCUCCUGUAUGAAACGAAAGGCGUUUGUUCAGAAUCUGUGUGCUGGAGUCUGGUUGUUUUUGCUGGCUAAGGGGAUUGCCUGUUUCUUCUCAUUAAACACAAGCCCAAUGGGAAACCGCACACAAUGUCUCAGCAUUCAUCAGGAAAAAUACAUUGACGUCUACUUCGCCAUCAACUUCGUUAUGCUCAUCCCUGGGUUCCUGCUGCCUCUCUCAGUAGCAGUGACCUGCUAUGUUCAGCUAGCAAGUUCAAUGUCUCGCAUGAAUAUCAACAUGUCCAAGGGCCGUGAUAUAAAGGCCAAGUCACGUAAAAUGGUGGCCAUGUGUCUGGUGAUAUUUGCACUGUGCUUCACGCCUCUGAACGUGAUAAGAACUGUGGCUGUCAUAUUAAAGAAGUACUUUCCAGAACAAUGCAGUCUUCUCCUGCAGGUGGAGACUGCAUACUAUGUCUCCUGGAUUUUGGCUGGAGCAAACUGCUGCCUGGACCCAUUGCUUUAUUGUUUUGGAUCACACAACUUUGUCAAGGCUAUUCACAGGUCUCUCAGAAAAUUUGAUGUCAAGUUUAAAAAAGACCCGGCCACAAAUGACCAGAUCAUCUAUGAUACUGCUAUUAAUUCUCCCUCCAUUGUCUUAGAAGACAUCCACACCCAGCAUUCGAACACGUCUUGAAU